AUUGCCUAAAUGUGCUACGCUCCCGGUGUCAUACUGUCAGCGCUUACACACACGUACCGCAACCAUCACCACCAUGGUCAAGUCUAAUCCUUUCGAUUACACCAACAAGAAGAACACUGGCAUCGGCCUAGGCCAGUUCAUUGCGAAGCAGCUGGAGAAGGAGGCGAAGAAGCAAGCUACGAGAGCACGCAAGCAGAGUCUCAGCAGCGCCAUGGGAAGUGUGGACGGUCACGAGGGAAGCUCAAGCCAUGGACUCGAUAUAAAACUGCCUGGGAAGGAGCUGGGCGACGCGGGGUUCAACGUCCUCGCUGAGUGUUUGGAGGCGGUACUCUCGGUGUCCGAGGAAGCAAGCGAUGUGCCACUGAUUCUGGAGCAAAUUGACCUAUCGAACAACCAGCUAACCGCCGCUUCUCUACCUCGGCUUGCGACGGUGAUCGAGCAAGCCAAACAUGACCUCCAGCUAAUCAGCGUUGCAAACAACGAGCUCAGAAUCGAAACAGACCAGGAUAUUGAGCGAUGGGACACCUUUCUCUGCGCUUUCGGAGACUGUGAGCACGUCAGCAAGCUCGACCUCGCCGGUAACGGUCUCGGAGGCCGCGCAAUCGAAAGCCUAGCUAAGUGGCACAUCCGGCAAUCAUUCAAGGCGCCAGUUUCCGGCAUCCGGAACAUAGAUCCACUCAUACUGAACAACAUCGCUCUCAACGAGAGUGGAGCGCUAUGGCUGUCGUAUGUGCUUGAGAAUCAUGCUUCGGAGAUUGACUGGGCUGGCAACGAGACAUCUCUGAGUAGGGACAGCCAAGCUCUGCUUCGCAAAGCGGAGGCUGUCCGGAAGCAGAUGGUAACCGCCAGCCAGAAUUCUGGAUGUGACGAAGAGGAAGCGGAGGGCGUGUCGCCGAUGGAAGUACCAAGAGGCGCAAGGAGGGCGAGUGGGAAGUUCGGCAGCAGCUCAGAGAUCGACGCCGGUGGUUCGUCAGAGCUGGACAGCCUACGGAAGAAGAUUCAGCGUCACAUCAUCAUGCAUGACAAGCCAGCGAGUGUCGAUCUUUGGCGGGCAGCUCUCAAGCUGCUACAUUUCGCCCGGAUGUUCAGCCUCGUUUGUAAGCGUCCCAGUCCCAUCGCUCCCUCACCGGUACGGAAUCCAGUCAUACGCCUGCCGCCGUCUUCGCCUACACCGAAGAGCAAGAAAGAUACAAGGAAGCUCUCGGUCAGCGCCGACAAGGAGAACGUGGGCCGCAAAGAUUCAAGGGGCUCGCAUGCAAUGACAGGUAAACCACAGGUCGCUCUCGAGGUUACCAACAUGCCCAUCCCACCGAAUAUGGUCUCCAAGCCGCACAGAAAAGGUGCUUUCAGCCACUGCGCUGACCCAGAGCCGGUGAGAGAGAGGCUUCAGGGGCUCAUUAUGCGUGACGACAAUCCUGAGCGGUUUCUGAGGUGGCAGAACAAACGUAUCGCGGCUCAAGGAGCCUCGACUUUCUGGAAUAACCAAAGUGCCUUUCAUCUUUCAGUACAGCUGACUGAUCCUAUCGCCGUACUAGUACUAGGCAAGAGGGAGAUGGAGAUGAUGACAGAGAAGCAAAGGCACGCGGUUAUCGCAUGGGGAUUGAACAGAGACACAUUAGCGACUGAGCGUGGAUGGACAGGGAAGGAUGAGAGUUCGCAAGUGUGGAUGCUCCUGGAUAGUAUCACAUGCCUUGAGUACGAGCAGUGAAUGCAACGAUGGAAAUGGGGGGGGAGAUGCAGUGAAAAAUCGCUUAAUGAAUUAUUAACCACAAACUGCGCG